UCUAGAGUGCAUCCAAGUCCAACCGGAGUCCUCGAGCUCUCUUCUGCUAUAUACCAAAAUAAGGCUGUCGCCAUUUCAUAGUGUAGCUAGCAGAUGUUGAGUAAGAACCGCAAAGAAUAUGCCAAAUUCUGUAUACUCUGAACAGUGUGAGACAAACCAUGCAAGUGACAGCAGUUUUGAGGCAGAUGACUUGGAGUUGGUCAGUCAUUCAUUGUCCAUAAGAGUAGAAUAUUACAGGUCACUUGAGUAUAAUCUGAAGUGGAUAAGUCCCAUGGCUCCCCAACGCUCCUCCAGAAUAUCUAAGAAGAGCCACCAGAGAAGUCCCAGGCCAGCUGAAGAAGUUACCCAGCGCUUGACGGGUAAGAGAGAAAAGAUGCGGCUGAGGGAGACCAAAGCUGGUGGGAGCAGAGUGAAUACCCACAAGGGGAGGAACUGUGACAUCCUUGACAUGAUCGACAGCACACAUGAGGCAGAGUGUGUGACCAAGGAGGAUGAAGGAAAGUGUGUAGAGGUUACUGAUAAAGGACUGGAUGAGCCAACUGAAGACUCUGACUCUGUUAACAGCAGUACAGCUUCUGGUCCCUCCUUCUCAUAUCACGCCAAGGACCUGAGGCUCACGCAGCAGCUGUGCUCAGCCUGUCAGAAGCUCUACCAAAAGUCCAGGAAGAUGAAAAAGCCGAUCAAAAGCAAACUCUUAGACAUUGAUCCCAAGUCCAUGACAUGUGACCAGUGGGUCUUGAUCAAACAGUGGAGGCCGAGACGGCUGAUUAAUUCAAGGGGGAAGCUUCUGCUCCAUGUACAGUUGGUUAUGAAUAAGCGUAAGGUCAGGAAACAUGCGAAGCAAAGUGAGCAAUCAGCCUGCUCAAGGCCACACAUUUUCCUAAAGCGGAACCUUAGGCGUUGCACCAGAGUGCCUGUAAAACAGAAGAGUACGAAGAACAAGAGAGGGAGGAGGACACAAGGUGAUUCUCAGUGUCCUCGCACAGCUAGGCAGCAGCAUCUCAACAGUAAACACUACCGCCAGCGCAAUACUAGCCGCAGUGAUGACAGCGGUCAUCAUUCUGGCAGGGCUCACAGCAGCAGAGCUUCUACUGAGAGGUCUAGUGAUCAAGAAGUCGACAGUGAAGCAGGCACAGAUCUGACUGUGGCACAGAUUCCCUCCACAGUCAUCCUGGAGACCACCAUGCCCAGAGAGCUCCCGCCAACGAAGAGAACACCGAGGACAGGAAGAUUCAAGAGGUUGCUCACCCAACUGCGUAAUAACAGCAGCAUGGUCGUCAGAGAAACACGUUAGCAUGGUGACUCUGACAUUUAUUAAGCUAGAGUUCAACAGCUGCAGAUUUUUUUUAACUUAUGCUGCUGGUUUUCAGUGUUGUUCAUCCUGGCUGUUAUUCUUUUGUGAAUAUGAGUUUGUAAAUAGUUGUUUCCAUUUACCUGGAGUUUAUGGACAAAUACAUUACUGCUGUAGUUACAGGUACUUGCAUGUUAUUUAUUACUUCUUAUUAACAGAAUAUAAUUUAACUUUUUUUUUAGAACUGCAUGACUUUGAAUAAAUGUGAUAUAUUGGUCUGCUUUUAGUAUUUCUGUAAUUGACCGAUUUCCAUCACCAGUAGCACUACAUUAACACUGUCGACAUGAUUAGUGUCUAGUUUCUUCACGUUAUAAAAGUGAUGGUGGUAAAGAACAAGGUAUUGAAAAUUUGGAAAAUCACUAUGCUUUUAUUGCUCUUGAAGUUCUGUGACAGUCUACUUUCACAUUAGGUGUGAUGUUCAUGGCACAUGAUUGUAUCAUUUUCUGUUAAAAUAAAUGGGUGUGUUGA